GAGAAGCUAACCGAGAUUCUUUUCCUACAGUUGAGGACUUGAGAGGCGCCUCAAGUAACCACCUAUCUUCAUCUUCCCUUCUUCACGCAAGCACCAUCUUGAUCCAACAAUUUUCAUGGAGAUUUUUGAGAAGAAGAGGGUUCAGUUUCUGCUCUUCAUUGCUGCCGUCGUUGCUCUCAGCAUCACUGCUGAAAAGUGUAGGCUCAUGGUUGGAGAAGAAGCUGCAUCAAAAAGUGGUCAAUUUACGAUAUUGAAUUGCUUUGAUGGGAAUACUGGAACACUUGCAUGUGUAGUAAAGGAAGGUGUGAAGCUCUAUUUCUACAACAUUAGAGCUAUGCACAUGGAGAGCAGAAGGAAUCAAGCAAUUGAGGCUGCGUUGGCCGAUGCAGUAGCCCAAGGCUUGCCUGCUAAAGAGGCAGCCAAAGUAGCCCAGAAAGAAGGAGCAAAGGCUGCCAAGCUAGCCAAGCAAGAAGCCAAGCGCAUUAUCGGGCCUAUUGUUUCUUCGGGGUGGGAUUUUUUUGAAGCACUUUACUUUGGCGGUACUCUAACAGAAGGAUUUCUUCGGGGCACAGGUACCUUAUUCGGUACUUACACUAUAGGUGUUAUUGGAGAGCAGAGAUUUGGCAGGUUCGGGUAUUUAGUGGGAAGUCAUUUGGGUAGUUGGGUUGGAGGAAGAAUUGGGCUGAUGGUGUAUGAUGUUGUCAAUGGAGUUGAAUACCUUCUGCAGUUUGUCCAAUCACCCGAAACUGAACUUUCUGAGGACUCUUCUAGUGGUGAAGUUUCUGAUCGCAAUGAAGUUGGUAGUUCUGAGGCUGCUGGAGAUUCAUUUGUAGAAGAACAGGUGCCUGAAGAUUUCUAUUCACAAGAAUCCAGUAGUAUGUCGGAUGAGUCCAACAGCUACCCCACCCCACCUGAGGAGAUUUUUGAUGCACAUGAUGAAUUUUAAGAAGAAUAGAGGAUAUGGGUGGUCAAUAAGUGAUGGUGGAAAUAAUGCAUUACAAGGAAGGUGUGACCAGCAGCAAUCGGUGAGAAUGUGAGAGAAGCACAUUAGUUUAGUUGUAUGUAUAGGAGACCUUCAUAUGCAUUAAAAAUCAGUGACAUUUGAUCCAUAUAGGAAAGACUCUUCAUAGUGGAAUAAAGGCUUAGUAGAUGAUGACGAUAUUCUUUACAUAUAUUUUUUUAUUUCAUGUAUUAGAAAUCCAAAUUGUAUUUAUUCGAGAGUGUCUGAUCUAACGAUGAUUAAUAGUUCAAUAAGGUUAUCUGCUAAGCUGAUGAAAAGUAUUCUUUUCACCUCAUGUUUACAUGUAUUUGGUGUUUGAGUUUGGUUUCCAUUUCGAUCAACUGUACCAAAAUAAAGAGUUAAAAAGGGAGCCAUAAAUGGCUCGAAUUUGAUUCCAGCUGAACGGCACAUUGCUAUUCCAUAUGUGGGAUACCUAUUUCUGUGUUAGCAAUAAAAUUUAGGAAGAAUCACAAGUUUUUGACUAAUGGGGCAUCAGGAACUGGGAAGUUAUGAAGAAAUUAGAUCCUUAAAGCCUCAGAAUAUCUUCUAGAACAACGAACAUUCUGUGUUGCUGUAUGUUUCAGUCAUGGUUCAUUCAAUGUAGUGU